CAUUCACAGCGUGCCUCUCGGGGACGCGCGUCGGUGUUUGCGGGGCGGAAACAAACAGCGCAGCGUUCGCAGAAUUGUUCCCGUGCGACCUCCGAGAGUGGAUAUGACUAACUCCGCCAAAAUAUCGCGUCGAUCUUCGUCCCCUCCUCGUUGUGUAUCUGCUAUCUCGCGCCGAUUACAGAGGGUGGAGUGUAAACAUUUCUGAGGCGAGGAAGUGGGAUGCGCUUCUCUCUCUGGUUAUAUGGUCACACGCGUGGGCGCCGUGACUGAUGGCACGCGAUCGGUCACCCCUAACGGUGACACGUCGAGGGUGUGCGAUCAAUAUGUGAAUGUCUAGUGGUCGAUCGAAGUAAAGAGCCGUCCCGUCAGAUAAUGGACUCACCCGUGGCGCUCGGGAGGCUGGAGGUCGCGCGUCCGGUACCGACCCGCGGCGCGUGUUCACCGGAGCGCGAGCAUAGCGCGCACCUGAACGGCUGCGUGCCGCUCUCUCAUCAGGUGGCCGGACACAAAUACGGCGUGGAUAAAGUGGGUAUUUUGCAACAUCCAGAUGGUACGGUCUUAAAACAGCUGCAGCCUCCACCGAGAGGACCGCGAGAGAUGCAGUUUUACAGCAUGGUGUAUGCUGAAGACUGCUGUGACCAGUGUCUCAUAGACCUCCGACAGCACCUGCCAACAUAUUACGGCACUUGGUCCUCACCUGACACUCCCACAGACUUGUACCUGAAGCUGGAGGACGUGACGAGCAGGUUUCAGAAGCCGUGUAUCAUGGACGUGAAGAUCGGACAGAAGAGCUACGAUCCUUUCGCUUCACAGGAGAAACGAGAUCAGCAGAUCAACAAGUACCCGCUGAUGGAGGAGAUGGGCUUCCUGCUGCUGGGGAUGAGGGUGUAUAAGACGGGCUCGGACAGCGUUGACACGUAUGACCAGCAUUACGGAAGAGGUCUGGGAAAGGAAACGGUCAGAGAAGGUUUGUCCAAGUUCUUCUACAACGGCGACAUUCUCCGCAAAGACGCCGUCACCGGCAGCAUCCUCAAAGUCCAGAAGAUCCUGGAGUGGUUCGAGGGUCAGAGUCAGCUCAGCUUUUACGCCAGCUCUUUGCUCUUUGUGUAUGAGGGGGCAUGUUCGCCGGGUGUUGUGCGCUCUGACGGCCGUCUCACGCCCAAGGCCUGCGAGCAGAACAAUAACAUCGCUCAGAACCUCUCCUCCAUGUUCUCCCUGCACAAGAAAGCUUGCGUCCGGACCCACUAUCAAGCCAAACAGGACAACGGCGUGUGGACGACCAGACAGCAGCCGAACGGCAACCGCGGUCGAGGAGAGGAAGGGGAGGAGCUAAAGAGGGAUGCGGAACAGGACACCGGCGGUGACGUGGAGGUUAAGAUGAUUGACUUUGCACAUGUCUUCCCUAGUGACGGCCACGACCAGGGUUACAUCUACGGCCUGAAGAACCUCCUGAAGGUCUUGCGUCAGAUUCUCGAGCAGUGACGGGGCUCUUUUAGGGCUUCUUGUGGUUGAAGGUAUGAAUUUUGUAGCCCCUUCCUCUAAUCUGCACUACCUACACUAUCAAUCCAGUACCGUGUUUGUCUAAUAUACUGUAUGUGCUUUAGUCUUAUAAAGGCUUUGUAUUGUUGAUCUUACUCAGGUAAAUGAAUCUGUAUUGCUCUCGUAAUUUCAGCUUCACAAACUGUCAAAGUCAAGCGUUGGAAGCCUCAGAUAUCCAGAGCCGUCCAGUUUUAUUAACGCUUUUUAACCAAUGUGAUUGAAAAUAGGAAUCUAAUGUAACCAGGACUAAAGAUCUGAGGUUUCUUUAUUCUAGAUGCUGCCAAAAUGACCCGCCUGUUCUCAGACCUGUUGAAUUUUAUCUCAGAUUUUUUUUUUUAAUGUGUGAUUUCAGAAGAAUUAAAUCCUUGUAAGUAUGUUGAUGUUUUGUGAUUAUUGAUGCAAUAUGAGUGAAAUGAAAUUGCUGCCUGUGAAUAUUUCAGACUGUAUGACCCUCAUGGUAAGUUUACAUUGCCAAAGUUUCCAUCGAUAUUGACUAUAAGAAUGCUUCAUUCAUUUAUUUACCAUCUCAUCUGUCACAAAUGUUGUUGUUUUUUCUGUAAAAGCUGAAAGAAAUGAUCUUGUGAAGCUCUUUAUACACAUGUAAAAUUAUACUUAUUUUAAUUCAUAGUAAUUUGGGUUGGGCACAAGCGUUUCUGUACAUGUGUGUUAUUAAUACAGUCCUAUUCUUAAACAUCGGUGUUCGAUUUGAGUCCAGAUAUUUUAGUAAUCUGAAUCUGACAAGAGCAGCGUGCACAAAUUAGAGUUAAAGUUAACAAUAGAAAGCCAUAGAAUGUGAGAGAAGGAAACAAAAUCAGAAUCACACAUUUAGAUUUUUUUUAUCAUUUUAAUCUGUUUAUUGUUUGAUUUGUCAGUAACCAUUUAGAACAUUUGUAUAUUUAAUUUAUAUGUUAAUCAGUAGAUUUUUUUAUUUAACCAAUGUAUUUUUUUAUCUGUUUAGAGUUUCAAUGCUCAUGAAACGCUUUUUCAAGGACUUUUACCCUUUUUAUGCCUGACAAAAUUACGAAACGAAAUCUUAAAUUAUAAAUGAAAUGUUUUCUAGCUAUACACAUAUUAAAUCAGCUAUAAAUUACUCAAUACGAGUUUAAUCUCUGUGAUAUUAUCCAGUAAUGAGUAAAGACAUGUGUGAAUUAUGUUUGUCCUUUGUAAAUUCUCAGGCAUUUAAUAUUUGAACACAAAUGGUCUAAUUGUCUCGUAUAAAUGAACUACAUGUAUAGCGAUCGUUCAUUUACAUCUCAGUCCUGAUGUCUCAUCGACAGUAAACAUAGUGUUCCUUUUUAUCUUUUUUUGUGGUCUGUGUAAUCGUUUUUUUACCCCAGUUGUGAUGAAUGUUGUAAGACCUCCGAUGGCAGCGCGAAAACAUACAUUCUUCUGUUGAAAAGCACAAAACUGUGAAGAUGUGCUUCUGUUUGUUCACAUAAAGACAGAUUUGCGUGUAAGCAUUGCUCCAAAGUGAAACGAAAAUAUGCCUUUGUGCCUAUGAGAGAGUAGUCUUGAGUCUUUCUGCCAUUCACAAUAAUGUUUUAUUGUAAAACGAGAAUCAUGUCAACAUCACCUUAAUGCACAAGCUGUAAACAGACUCUGGAGUACUACAGUAGUUUUUGUUUAAAGCCACAGUCUAAAAACGGAUGCAUCUUGUUUACAUUCUGACUGUACGGUUGGCUGGAAAGAGAGAAGUAUUGAGAUAUUGAGACAAGAUAUAUAUAUGUUAGUUAUUAGUUAUAACUCGACAAUAAUGUAAUUUCUUCUUUAUUUAUGCACUGAAAAGAAGUGGGAAUACUAUCAGAUGUGUAAAUUUCUACAGUUGUUAUUUUCUCUUAUUGUAUUAAUAUGUUUAUUUUUGUAAUACUGAUGGGUAACUACUGUGUGUUUGCGUGUAAAGCACUUGUGUGAACCUGUGUCACGACUGGAGUUUCCCCCAUUGAAUCAAUGAAGUCUGUACAUUCAUGAUGUUGUUCUUCAUCUUGACCAGAUCUCCAGUUUUUUUUUUCAUGGCAUUUUUUUUCUCAUGUGGAAGGUAAAUGUGUGUCUCUUAAAUGUCUGUAUGCUUUGCGUUUUAAUACGCCGAGAUCUUGGUUGCAGAUUUACGACAAAAUUCAGAAACUAGAAUUCAAGCGUCAUAACAUUCAGAUGGUUCAACAUAAUAAAUAAACAUUACAAAUACAUUCUAAAUGUCGGCCAGUGGCUUCCUAGGCAGAAGAGUUGGUCUGAAUUAGUCUGAAAGACUGAAAGAGUUUUUUUUAAUCAUCAACAGAUCUAAUGCUUAUUGACCUCUGUUUCACCCUGAACAUACUCCAAUGAUUUACCACUUUUGAAAAUAGAUAUAAAAGCGUAAUAUUUACCUGGAUGGUUUUGGGUGUGUAUUUGGCAAACUUUCAUUAAUAAAAAUCUAUACUUAAUAUUCAA